ACAAGCAGUAUGGCAGCCCCCAUGAGCACUGUGGGUAAACCCUCAGCUGAGCGAUCAGCGUUCAAUACGACGAGUUUUCAGAAGAAAACGAGGACAAAGUUAAUCUCCAUACCUGGUACCAGACCAUCGGUUCAAAAUGGACAACUCUUAGUGUCGACCGGUGUCACGUCGCUCGACUAUCUACUCGGUGGCGGCUUAGCAGUUGGAACAGUACUUCUCAUAGAGGAGGACCGAUAUGAUAGCUACUCUCGUAUGAUCUUGAAGUACUUUCUGGCAGAAGGAGUGGUGUGUCGACAUGAACUUUUUGUGGCGGCGGCUCAAGAUAACCCAGAUGACAUUUUACAGGAACUCCCUGCUCCAAUCUUGGACGAUGUCGCUAUCCACAAACCAGUGGAGCAGCCCAGGCUGUGUUGUGAACCUCAGGACAGUUUGGAUGCCAUGAAGAUAGCCUGGCGCUAUCAGAAUCUUCCAAAAGUACAGAGUGCCCUUGCAUCCUCAUCCCGGUUCGGCCACUACUAUGAUGUCUCCAAGACGAUGGAGCCAGAAAUUCGCCAGGCAGCCAAGUGCCACCGCUUCUACCUUCCAGAACAUCCCACCCAGUCAUCACCCACCCACAGUCCCAUGCUUGAGUCCUACUCUGCGUUGCUGAAGUCACUUCAAGAGGUCAUAAACAGGCAGGGCUUUGACGUAGCAGCCCCAAUGUCAAAGUCGCGUAACAUCCUGCGAAUUGGGCUUCCCUCUCUUGGCUCGGCUCUGUGGGGCGAUGACCUGAGUUGCCAUGACAACCCUAGAAAUGGCCACGCCCUCAGUACCUUUCUCUAUGGACUGCGUGCUUUGCUGAGGUCAUCACUAUCAGUUGCAGUAGUUACUGUGCCUUCACAUCUCAUCCAGGACAGAGCUCUAAUGGGCAGCAUAACCAGGCUAUGUGACAAUGCCAUAGCCCUGGAAUCAUUCAAAGGCUCUGAGAGAGAGACCAACCCACUCUACAAAGAUUACCAUGGCCUGCUGCAUGUACGCCAAGUACCUCACCUGAACUGUCUGGCGAGUAAACUCCCCGACCACAAGGACCUGGCCUUUAAGCUCAAGAGAAAGCAGUUCACCAUUGAGAGACUACAUUUGCCUCCAGACUUGUCUGAGACGGUGAGUCGUGUGAGCAGGGGGGAGCUGGCAGGAGCGACCACGGUGGCUUCAGCCUGUGGCUCUGGCAGUUCCGGCAACAAACACCUGGACUUCUAGGGCUCCCACACAGUCGCCAGGGGCAACCAACACCUGGAACGCCGCGGCGUUGUCCUCUUUACCAUGGUGACCAGGCUGUUCCCUCGCCCACGUAAUGUCAACCUCAAUAACCCUGCAAGCCAUUACCACCUGCCAACUGUCCCAGCCAGGGGUGAAGAUCUAAACAUCAACUAUAUUUCAAAUCUUUUUUUAUAUAAAUGUACAGUACACUUUUUCGUUUAACUUAUAUUAUUGGCCAAGGUUGUAUACCAACAGUUUGCCUUUUUCCCCACUGUAAGUUGCAGAUUGUGAGCCCUAUGAUAUUUUUGGGAAAUGUUUUAUGAAGGUAUGAUUGGCCGGGUGACUAGUACUCAACCCAAUUAAAAUAAAUAAAUCAAGCUUCAUCAUGCAUUUUAGUGCAUGCGAGUCUCUCUGUGGUGCCCAACUGGCUAGCUAAUGGCCGCCUCUCUUCACUGCGCUCAUACUGGGGUUACUGCGCUGUUAGCACUGUUAGCUGUUAGCACUGUUAGCUGCUAGCCGCAGACUCAGCCAUCUUGAUGUUUAGAGCCUGUGGAGGCGACAGAUAUGCUCUGAAUUCCGUAUUGAGCACUCCUGACUAGAUCCUCCGUGUACAAUAGUAUUUUAUUCUUGGAAAAUGCAAUAAAAUGUGCUUUUGUUUGGUUAAAUAAAAUAAAAAUAAAUACA